AAAACAAGCUUAUGAAGCUGAAAUUGGAUACAUUUAAGCGGCACGUUAUGGUUAUGAUAUUCAUGUUAGCAAUCUGGGUGUCAUUAUGGUGCUUGAGUGGUGCAUUAGCGAGAAAAAAGUUAGACAAUCCCACCAGUGGCGCUGUCCUCUGGUUAGGCUGCUUGGUUGGUCCCAUUGGUGUUUGGGCUCGAUGGUACCUUGCUAGGCUUAAUGGCCAGGGCCUAGGAAAGAAGGGAUCUCUCAAAUGGCUCCCCAUUGGGACUCUAUUGGCUAAUUUUCUGGCAGCAUGCCUUAUGGCAGCUCUUGCAACAAUCAGCAAGGCGGUGAACACAAAAAGAUGCACAAUCAUUUUGAGUGGAGUCCAGUUCGGUUUCCUUGGUUGCUUGAGCACUGUGUCUACCUUUGUUGCAGAAGUUUAUGCCAUGAGGCAAAGUGGGCACCCUGGGAGAGCUCUCUCCUACGCAAUUUUGACUAUCCUUCCCUCAUUUGCUGCAGGAACUCUCAUCUACUCAAUACCAGUAUGGACAAAGCAUUACAAUUAGUAAAUUGGUCUCUAUGGUAUGAUCAAUAUAUUUUUAUGGACUAAGCUGGUUAAGCUUGCAAUUUAUCAGCUUUUCUUCAGCAAAUAAUAGACCAAAUUGGCUACGAAGUAGAUAGAUCUUCCAUAUGUAAGCAAAUUAGUACUUUUUUGGAUUUU